AUGUUUAAUAUUGUUUCUAAACAAUUGAAUAAAACAAUCCAAAGAAAUUUCAGUACAAUGUCUCCAAUUCCAAAACAUUAUGAUUACAUAGCCAUUGGUGGUGGUUCUGGUGGUGUUGCUAGUGCUAGAAGAGCUGCUCAAUAUGGUAAAAAAGCAUUAGUAAUUGAAGGUAAACAUAUUGGUGGUACUUGUGUUAAUGUUGGUUGUGUUCCAAAAAAAGUUAUGUGGUAUGCUUCUGAUGUUGCUGGCAAAAUUGCUGAAGCAAAAGAAUAUGGUUUUGAUGUUGAUCCAAAUUUAAAAAAGACUUUUAAUUGGGAAUAUUUUAAACCAAAAAGAGAUGCUUAUAUUAAGAGAUUAAAUGGUAUUUAUGAAAGAAAUUUAGCAAAAGAAAAUGUUGAUUUAGUUUAUGGUUGGGGUAAAAUUGUUGGUGAUAAACAAGUUGAAGUUAAAACUAAAGAAGGUGAAACUUUAAACUAUACUGCUGAUCAUAUUUUAAUUGCAACUGGUGGUACCCCGGUUCAACCAAAUGUUCCAGGUGCUGAAUUAGGUAUUAAUUCUGAUGGUUUCUUUGAAUUAGAAAAACAACCUAAAAAAGUUGCGAUUGUUGGUGCUGGUUAUAUUGGUGUUGAAUUUGCUGGAUUUUUCCAUGGGUUAAAUACUGAAACUCAUUUAAUUAUUAGAGGUGAUACUGUAUUAAGAAAAUUUGAUGAUUCGAUUCAAAAUACUAUUACAAAUCAUUAUGAAAAAAUUGGAAUUCAUGUUCAUAAACAAUCAAAUGUUUCAAAUGUUGAAAAAUUAGAUUCAGGUUUGAAAAAAGUUACUUUAACAAAUGGUGAAAUUUUAGAAGUUGAUGAAUUAAUUUGGACUGUUGGUCGUAGAUCUUUAUUAGGUCUUGGUUUAGAAUCGAUUGGUGUUAAAGUUAAUGAUCAUGAUCAAGUUGUUGUUGAUGAAUAUCAAAAUACAAACAUUCCAAAUGUUUAUUCUUUAGGUGAUGUUAUUGGUAAAGUUGAAUUAACUCCUGUUGCAAUUGCUGCAGGUCGUAAAUUAUCAAAUAGAUUAUUUGGUCCUGAAGAAUUUAAAAAUGAUAAAUUAGAUUAUUCAAAUGUUCCAUCAGUUGUUUUUUCUCAUCCAGAAGCUGGUUCAAUUGGUCUUACUGAAAAAGAAGCAAAAGAGCAAUAUGGUGAAAAUGAUAUUAAAACUUAUAAUGCAAAAUUUACACCAAUGUAUUAUGCAAUGUUGGAAGAAAAAUCUCCAAUUUCUUAUAAACUUGUGGUUCAAGGUUCAAAUGAAAAAGUUGUUGGUUUACAUUUAGUUGGUGAUGCAAGUGCUGAAAUUUUACAAGGUUUUGGUGUUGCAAUUAAAAUGGGUGCUACAAAGAAAGAUUUUGAUAGUGUUGUUGCAAUUCAUCCAACAAGUGCUGAAGAAUUAGUUACUUUAAGAUAA